AUGGCUUUAGCAGUUGUCGAGGCAGCAAGAAAGCUUCGACCGUAUUUCCAGUCACAUUCAGUGGAAGUACUUACUGAUCAACCUCUCCGAACUAUACUCCAAAACACCAACAGAUCUGGCAGACUCACGAAGUGGGCCAUCGAACUCGGCGAGCUCGAUAUUACCUACAAGAACCGCACAGGGGCGAACUCAAACUGGACGCUGCACGUCGAUGGAUCAUCGACCAACAAGGGAGCAGGAGCCGGAGUCCAACUGCAGUCCCCGACCGGAGAACUAAUCAGUCAGUCUUUUAGCUUUGGCUUUCCCGCGUCAAACAACGAAGCCGAAUACGAAUCUCUGAUCGCUGGACUCCGCUUAGCAAAAGCCGUAAAAGCUAAACGACUAAGCGCCUAUUGCGACUCUCAAUUAGUCGCCAGUCAAUUCAGCGGCGACUACGAAGCCCGCAACGACCGAAAGGAUGCCUAUCUCAAAAUAGUGCAAAGCCUGACGGCAGAGUUCGAGUUCUUCGAACUCAUCAAAGUUCCCAGAGGUGAAAACGUCUGCGCCGACGCCCUCGCGGCCGUUGGCAGCAAGCUUCGUGACCAAGUUAAACGAACCAUCCCGAUACAUCGCAUCGAGAAACCAAGCAUCGAUAUUCCUAACGACCAAACCCUCGUUGCCCCGGUCAUCGAACCCACUACUCCAGAUGACGACAGAUUUGGUCCUGAUUGGAGAACUGAGUUUAUCGACUACCUCUCGAAGGGAGAACUCCCAAACGACAAAUGGGAAGCUCGCCGACUAAAAACACGCAGCGCCCACUACGUCGUUCUUGACGAUGAACUACACCGCUGGACCGCGAGUAAACUACUCCUAAAAUGCAUUCAUGGCGACGAGACAGUAAGGGUUAUGGCAGAGACGCACGAAGGCGCUGGCGGAAAUCAUUCGGGCGGACGUGCAUUAGCAAUCAAAGUAAGGAGCUUGGGCUUCUUCUGGCCAACAAUGAACGCAGAUUAUUGCGAGUCUUACGCGAGAAGCUGCGACAAGUGCCAACGGCACGCACCUAGUAUCCAUUGUCCAACCGAAAUGUUGCGAACAACCACCGCUCCAUACCCGUUCAUGCGAUGGGCAAUGGACAUCAUUGGACCACUUCCCUGCUCCCGCCAAAGACGCUUCAUCCUCGUCCUCACCGACUAUUUUACCAAAUGGAUCGAAGCUGAAGCAUAUGCUCAAGUCACAGACAAAGAAUUCCGCGGCAACUUCAAGGAGUUCUGCGGCAAAUGGAACAUUCGACUAAGCCCCUCCACUCCUCGUUACCCGCAAGGAUCGACUAAAUCGACACCUUUCUCCCUCGCCUACGGUGUAGAAGCCAUGUAUCCCGCUGAAGUCAAUGUUUCAAGCCUCCGACGCUCCAAGAUGCCUCAAUACGUCGAACUCAACAAGGAAAUGCUACUCGACGCCCUUGAUGAGAUAGAAGAACGACGAGAUCAAGCUCUGUUGUGCAUCCAGAAUUAUCAACACCAGAUCGAGAGUUAG